GUGAAAUCACCUCUGUGCUGUCAAAGCAUUGCAGACCUCUGUAUAGACAGAUAUACCAUGGUGUCUCACAAGACCCUUCAUAGCAUGUCCUGGAUGCUACUGUGUUGCCUGAUGUCCCUUUCUUGGGUACAAGGUGAACAAUCCCAGAAAAAACUGUCUUCUCCACGCAUCAGCUGUCCCCAAGAAGCCCAAGCUUAUGGCUCCUAUUGCUAUUUACUGAUUCUGGAACCACAGACCUGGGCUAAUGCAGAGAUCCACUGCCAGAAGCAUUUCUCAGGACACCUGGCAUUUCUGCUCACUUAUGGUGAAAUUAUCUUUGUGUCCUCUCUGGUGAAAAACAGUUUGACCACAUUCCCAUACAUCUGGAUUGGACUCCAUGAUCUGUCACUUGGGAGUUUGCCCAAUGAAAAUGGAUGGAAGUGGAGCAGCUCUGACCCUCUGACCUUCUAUAACUGGGAGAUACCACCCUCCAUGUCUGCACACCACGGCUACUGUGCAGCUUUGUCUCAGGCCUCAGGUUAUCAGAAGUGGAGAGAUUAUUAUUGUGACACAAUAUUUCCCUAUGUCUGCAAAUUCAAGGGUUAGGCCAGUUCUGAUUUCAACUGCCUGAAAGUAUCCUGAAGAUCACAUAGACAAAGGAGCAAGCAUGAUGGCUCACCAAGAAAGUCCUUCUCACACCCCGACACCGAAUUCCUCAUCUCAUCUCUGCUGUUCUUCCAUAAGUGUAUUCUCUGGGGACUCUGGCCUAAGGAUUCGGAGAACAAUAAUAAAAUUUAGUCAAU